CAAGUACCUAUAGCGUCCUAUCCAUUAUCACUUGCAGUUAUGGCGCCGCUCCACGUUAGUUGCAAGCCAACUUGCCGUUGUCAAGUAACUACGCAACCAUCUGUAUCGCUUCUUGUGCCAUCAGCGUCGCCUGUACCUGCUGGAGCGCGUCCCGAUUUGCUACGGCGCCGCGUACAUACGUCUGUGUCAGCGGGCGAGUUACCCAACCUUGGCGGGUCGUCUGUCUCUCCUAGCAUCAGCAAUGGGAAUGGGAGCGGUUUCUCCGAGCCCGAGAACUUUUGUAUCAUCGAGAACAGCGAAACAGUCAAGGACUUUGAAAACCUUCAGCUGGAUGAGAUCGCACAGAGCAUUCAAGCUCGGCGCAACAAGAUUUUCCUCCUGAUGGAAGAGGUCCGCCGCUUGCGCAUCCAGCAGCGACUCAAGGGCGGCGACUACAGCAAGGAGGCUGAGCUGAGUCAGGAGCAGUUCGUGUCCGCCCUGCCCUUCCUGCCGCCGCUCUCCGAGAAGACGCUCAACAGCUACUACACCGCCUACGCCAGCAUGGUGGCGGCCAUCAUCGCGUUCGGAGCGCUGGUGGCGCCCAUCCUGGAGGUCAAGUUGGGGCUAGGAGGCACCUCCUACCUGGAGUUCGUGCAGUCGCUGCAUCUGCCGCUCCAGCUGGCACACGUGGACCCCAUCGUGGCCUCCUUUUGCGGCGGCGCGGUGGGCGUGCUGUCGGCGCUGCUGGUGGUGGAGAUCAACAACGUGGAGAAGCAGCAGAAGAACAGGUGCUUCUACUGCGAGGGCACGGGCUACCUGAUGUGUGGGCACUGCGUGGGCUCGGGGCUGGACCCCGCCACGCAGCAGCUGUGCCCCUACUGCGCGGGCUCCUCCAAGGUGAUGUGCACCUCCUGCCUCUGCACCGGCAAGCAGCUUGCAACGGAGCACGACCCGCGCAUCGACCCGUUCUGAGGGGGCCGCCCGGAGACGCGAGUGCGUUGCGAGCGAGCAUUGACCCGCCGUUGUGAAGAGCGCGCUCGGAGGCUCGUGAGGGGGAGAUGGUGAGAGUGGGAGGUUAGAGGAAGCAAAGCGGAGGGGGUGAGGUCGGAAGCGGCGGGUGAUGUGUGGUAUCGUACGCUAUAAGCAGGAAGAGAAGGAAGCGCAAGAGGACGGGAGGGGUGUGGCUUCUUUUUGCCCGUGAAGUGCGUGAGCAGGCAUUGGCAUGUAUCGGCAUGAUGAGAACACAUGAUAAAGAGGCGCAGAGGUGAGUGGAGGUAUUAAAACGUGUUGAUGGCUGCAAAAGAGGGAGGAGAGGGUGGCGUGAAAGAGACGCGCUGAGAGGCGCUAUUUGCCUGUGUACCGUACCCCUGCUGGGACUGUAUUACGGUGGGUUACGGCUGAUGAGCCGCUUGCCGCGACAUUGCAAUUUUGCCCGGGUGCAUCGUGCAGAGAGGAGGAGGCCUUGCUUUGGAGAGAGAUCUAUCAUCUAUGGGCCACGGCUGUAUUGUUGAGGUUGAACAUGUGAUUCCGCUUGAGGAUGCUUCGCCUUAUGUUCCCACAUGUCACUUCAGAGGCCGUAUUUGUGCUGCGCUGUCCUUAUACGAGCCGUUUGCGCAGGGAUCUGUAUGGAAUACGGUGCUUCUGGUGUGUGCCGAAGAGCCUAUAUAUGGGGUGAGCGAAGGGCUUCGCAGUCGCUGCAAUGUACACUUCUUAGGGCGGUAGUGGAAAAUAACCUGAUUCCUGGCUCCUGGUUAUCGUUGCUGGUCCGCGUUGUGCCGAAGGUUUGGUGCGUGGCCCCGUGAGCGUCAUGCUGACAAUAGCAUGGUGUAGGCUAUAAACCAUGCCGGCGUUGCCCAGGGCUUAGACCGACGACGCGACGAGCUUUGCAGGAAUGCACGCCUUCAUGCCCAUCAGGAAGGGUCUCUGUUGGUGGCAGUCUCAGCGUGUUUGCGUGCUACGGUUGGUACCGUUAGGGUUAAUAACCUGGAUACGGCUUCCGGUUUGGAAGGUUGAUGUUUGGGGAGAGGAGGGGUUAUACGCUCCGUAGCUUCGGAAAGAUAAGACCAUAUACCGUACCGUGCUUGUUGGCAGUGUUGUCGUGCCCUACUACCGGUAGCUUUCAGGUACGACAUGCCUGGAAUAUAUGGAGGUGAGCGGUGUCCGGACUUUGACGUUCGGAGUUGACAGUUGCGUUGACAGCCUAAGCGGCCGUAUUGCCAGGCAUUGCUGCACUCGGCGGUUAGAAAGGCAACCGCUUUGGCCAGGCGUCCGGGGCAUGCAUGUUGAACGGUGGCGUUAGUAAACAGCGUACGGGAUAGGCGUGAAGUGUGUAAUUGCGGUUGAGCUAAUGCUUAUACAAGUAGGAGCCUUCCAGUUCCGGUGCAGUUACAGGGUAAUGCGGAUAUGGCUCACAGGCCAGGAUACCGG